ACAAUCUCAUCCCAACGUCCGUUAGACCUAUCAUCGCUAUUCUAUUUUUGCCGCAGGCGCAGGGCAUAGCUUAAAUGUGAAAUAAGAGUCGCCGAAAAAGGAGGAAGAAGGUAGCAAAUAAGGGUGCUUGCUGUAGGUUGUUUGUUGAUCGACCGACAAAUGUUAUGUACUAGUGAGUGUGUGUGAGUUGUAGGCUGUUAUUAGAGGAGAUUUUAUGUUGAUUGGAUUGAGCAAUUGAAAUAAAUGGGUUGGGAAGGGGAGAAGGUCCAGAGGAUUCUGGCAUCAUGGUUAAUCGGUGGUCUGGUCAUAGGGAUGUCGUUGCUAGGUUUGCGUUAUGCUUUGCCGGAGCACAACAAGAAGAAGAAGAGGCCAAUUAGGGUAUACAUGGAUGGGUGCUUCGACAUGAUGCAUUACGGACAUUGCAAUGCCCUUCGCCAGGCCCGUGCCCUAGGUGACCAAUUGGUAGUCGGUGUUGUCAGCGAUGCCGAAAUUACUGUCAACAAAGGCCCUCCAGUUACUCCUCUUAAAGAGAGGAUGAUCAUGGUUAGUGCUGUGAAAUGGGUGGAUGAAGUUAUUCCUGAUGCUCCAUAUGCUAUCACGGAAGAUUUUAUGAGAAAGCUAUUUGAUGAAUACAAUAUUGACUACAUAAUUCAUGGGGAUGACCCAUGUGUUCUUCCAGACGGGUCUGAUGCUUAUGCCCUUGCUAAGAAGGUUGGCCGUUAUAAACAGAUAAAGCGCACCGAAGGGGUAUCAAGCACCGACAUCGUUGGCCGUAUGCUUCUUUGUCUGAGAGAGAGGUCAACUGGGGACAGCCAUAACCACUCAUCUCUGCAACGACAAUUUAGUCAUGGUCACAGCCACAAAUCUGAAGACGGUGGCUCUGGUAGUGGAACAAGGAUAUCCCAUUUUCUCCCUACAUCUCGUAGGAUUGUCCAAUUCUCCAAUAGCAAGGGGCCAGGACCUGAUGCUCGUAUAAUUUAUAUAGAUGGCGCAUUUGAUCUUUUCCACGCUGGACAUGUGGAGAUACUCAGACUUGCCCGAGGUCUUGGUGAUUUUCUUCUUGUUGGCAUCCAUACUGAUCAAACUGUCAGUGCUAAUAGAGGAGCUCACCGUCCGAUUAUGAAUCUACACGAAAGAAGCUUGAGUGUUUUGGCUUGCCAAUAUGCAGAUGAGGUAAUAAUUGGUGCUCCGAGGGAAGUGUCAAAAGAUAUGAUAACAACCUUCAAUAUCUCAUUGGUUGUGCAAGGAACUGUAGCUGAGGAUAAUGACUUUCAGAAGGACAAGCAGAAUCCAUAUGCUAUUCCAAUUAGCCUAGGUAUCUUUAAGCUAUUGGAAAGUCCUCUGGACAUUACAACUAGCACGAUAAUCAGGAGGAUUUUAUCAAAUCACGAGGCUUACCAGAAACGAAAUGAGAGGAAGGCUGAGGGCGAGAGAAGGUAUUAUGAAGAUAAAACUCAUGUGUCAGAUGAUUGAAUGAUUGACCUCAGGCUCUUCAAGGUUCAGGUCGUAGAGGAGUUGGUGAAUUGUAACGAUAAUAAAGCGGAUUGUCUCACUGUUAAAAUUCUCUGGUUUUUGUUUAGACUUGGAUUGGUGGUAAAAGGCGUUGUUGCCGCGAUAUUAAGCAGAUGACAGUAGUUAACUUUUCAGUACUUGUUUAAAAGUAUGAUGUGAUAUUUUGCAAGUUCAGAGAUGGACUAAAUCAACUGCAAUUAGUUUGCAGUAAAGUAGGGAAGUAAAAAGAUGAUUCUUCAGUGGUUUGCUUCUGUU